GUUUAGUUGCUUUUUGUUGAAUUAUAUUAAUUAAGUCUAUCCAAAAAAAUUUAUUUUUUGAACUAAUCUUAAUUUUGUUCAUUUGUAAUAAAAACUUAGUCGUCGCCAUGUAAAAAUAUUGUGCAUUAUUUUGAAUCAAGGCCGGUGGGACGGCACCAAUUAGUGGUCACAAUUAGCUCUCUUAGGCCCCAUGGUCGGUGAAUAUAUUUUCAAAUUCUAUAUUUUUGUGGUAAUUUGCUAGCUAGUCUAUGCACUAUAAAAACCAGGUCUUGAUGAAGCUUUUGAUGCACCAAGAAAAAGUUUUUAGCAAUUUAAUUUGUGGGGGUUUUUUUUUUUUAGAUUUUUGCUAAAACUUACUAGCUAGCUGUUUUAUUUCUCUUGUGAAAAAACCAAUGGUGAAGAUAGCUUUUGGAAGCAUUGGUGACUCUUUCAGUGUUGGAUCACUGAAGAGUUAUUUGUCUGAGUUUAUUGCCACUCUUCUCUUUGUGUUUGCCGGUGUUGGCUCUGCCAUUGCAUUCAACAAGAUCACAGCUGAUGCAGGAUUGGAGCCAGGGGGUCUUGUAGCAAUUGCUGUGGCUCAUGCAUUUGCAUUGUUCGUCGGAGUCUCCAUUGCAGCCAACAUUUCCGGUGGCCAUUUGAACCCGGCUGUUACCUUUGGAUUGGCCAUCGGCGGAAACAUCACUAUCCUGACCGGCAUCUUCUACUGGAUUGCCCAAUGCCUUGGCUCAGUUGUUGCUUGUGCCCUUCUCAAAUAUGUCACAGCUGGCUUGGCAAUUCCAACACACACAGUUGCAGCAGGAAUGAGUGGACUUGGAGGUGUAGUGAUGGAAAUUGUCAUCACUUUUGCCCUUGUCUACACAGUCUAUGCCACAGCUGCUGACCCCAAAAAGGGCUCCCUUGGAACCAUUGCACCAAUUGCCAUUGGGUUCAUUGUGGGUGCUAACAUCCUUGCCGCUGGCCCAUUCAGUGGAGGAUCCAUGAACCCAGCAAGGUCCUUCGGGCCAGCUGUUGUCGCUGGAGACUUCACAGACCACUGGGUCUACUGGGUUGGCCCACUUAUUGGAGGUGGAUUGGCUGGGUUCAUCUAUGGAGAUGUCUUCAUCUCUUCAUACCAGCCCGUUCCAGAGACUUAUGCUGUCUAAGGGGAUUUGGCUCACUGCUAAAUGUUGUUUUUCUGUGUUUUAUUUUCAUUUGAGCUUUGUAAUUUCUGCUCAACAUUGUAAAACAAGUUUUUCAUUUCUCUGUGUAAAAUAAAAAGUGUUUUCAUAGUUUGAGGAAUGUCGUCUUCUUUUUUCUUGUAAAUCAUUUUGAUCAGAAAUGAAAACUGGGAAGUUCUAUUGCUUCUUUUUUUCUCCACCGAAAAA